GCCAAUGGCAGCAAAACAUAACUGUUACAGGCGAGGAGGAUGACAGCAACAAGGAUUUGAUAGUUUGAUUUAGCCUGUCCACAUCAAGGAGAACGUGUUACUUUGGCUCUACACGAAGAGCCUAGGGCUUAAGUCCCGCAUUAAGUAUGAUUCCCUGGUUGCGACGGAGGUGAGAAAACAUGGGGUGGAAAUCUGAGGUGUCAAGACGAACGUGAUGACAGUAUGGUUGAUGGUGGAGAAGCUCAAAAUGGAAAAACGUCCAUGCAGGGAGGAGAACAUUGACUCCAGCGAGGCCCAGCAUGCCAGUGAUGAUUCCGAGGAUGGAAGCAGCUCAGAAAGCGAAUCAGAAGAGCAGCAACACCAGUUUCAGGUGAGCAGGGGUAAGAAGAGGGAGCCCUUGGCUGUUGCCAAACCCCACCGACAGCUCUGUCGCUCUCCAUGCCUUGACCGGCCCAGUUUUUCCCAGAGUAGCACCGCGCAAGAUUGUCGUGAAGAUGACUCCAGCGCGGGAUCCGGGAUCAAGCCCGCCAGUGAGAGAGAGUACCAGACAAAGAUGGAAUUUGCAUUGAAGUUGGGCUAUUCUGGAGAGCAGGUAGAAUCGGUGCUCAACAAGCUGGGUUCUGCUGCACUCAUCAACGACCUCCUUGCUGAGUUAGUAAGGCUUGGAAACAAAGUAGAACCUGAAAUUCAACCUUGCAGCAGUACGGCCACUUCAAUAUCCCGGCCCCCCUGUGUUAAAGAGACUGUUAGUCCGGAGGUGUCAGUGGAAGAUGACUCCUCUGCGGAUAUCUUUGAUAACCUCAGGCCCAUCGUCAUCGAUGGCUCCAAUGUGGCAAUGAGCCAUGGAAACAAGGAGGUGUUCUCUUGCCGUGGGAUCCAACUUGCUGUUGAAUGGUUCUUAGAGAAAGGACACAAAGACAUCACUGUGUUUGUCCCCGCCUGGAGAAAGGAACAGUCAAGGCCAGACGCCCUCAUCACAGAUCAAGAAAUAUUACGCAAGCUGGAAAAAGAGAAGAUUCUGGUUUUCACUCCAUCUCGGAGAGUUCAAGGCAGAAGAGUGGUGUGCUAUGAUGAUCGCUUCAUAGUGAAGCUGUCUUAUGAUUCUGAUGGAAUUAUUGUGUCAAAUGACAACUACAGGGACUUGCAAAAUGAGAAGCCAGAGUGGAAGAAGUUCAUAGAAGAGCGUCUCCUAAUGUACUCAUUUGUCAAUGACAAGUUCAUGCCGCCUGAUGAUCCAUUGGGAAGACAUGGUCCAAGCUUAGAAAAUUUCCUCCGCAAGCGUCCUGUUGUUCCAGAGCACAAAAAACAACCCUGCCCCUAUGGGAAAAAGUGCACAUAUGGACACAAGUGCAAGUACUAUCAUCCCGAGCGUGUCAACCAGCCGCAGCGGUCAGUUGCUGAUGAACUGCGGGCUUUUGCCAAAUUGUCUGCGGUGAAGACAAUGAGUGAGGGGGCUUUAGCUAAAUGCGGUACUGGUCCGGCAACUGUUAAGGGGGAUAGCAUCUCUGAGGUCAAACGGGUGGCACCCAAACGUCAGUCUGACCCCAGUAUUCGCUCUGUGGCCUGUGAACCCCCAGAAGCACUGUCCAUUGCUAGGAAGUCUGAGGCAAAUUCAGUGCCUUCCCUUGUGUCUGCUCUCAGCGUGCCCACCAUGCAGCCUGCCAAGAGCCACGCAGCUGGGGCCUUGAACACACGAUCAGCCAGCAGCCCAGUGCCGGGUUCUUUGCAGUUCGCGCACAGUUCUCUAGAGCACAUGUCCAGUGUACAGUACCCUCCUAUUUUAGUUACUAAUAGUCAUGGCGCCUCUAUAACUUACAAUGACCAGUUUCCAAAGUAUGACUCAGUUAGCGACCAUGGAUAUUAUUCACUGCACAGUGAUUUUUCAACUAUGAGCAUGAGCAGCAUGCAUAACGUGGACAGUUUCUGUAGCAUGGAGCACGAGCAUGGUGUGUAUCAGAGAAAUCCCAGCCACUGCCCUGAGUCCUGCCUCAGCCAUUCAAACAGUGACUCCUUCUCCUCUUACGGGGACAUGUACACGGGCUCUAUGGACAGUAGCUUAGAGGAUGGCAUGAAGGGGCAGCAGCAGUCUCCCGCACCGGGUAGGAUGCAAGCGUUCUCCCAUGGGUUUCGUCAUGAAGCGCUGACUAGAGUACAGAGUUAUGGCCCUGAGGAACCCAAGCAGGGGCCCCGGAAGCAGCCUGGAUCGCGACUAGCACCACAUAUCCAGCAUGUUGCGGUGGGAGCAAGGUCCAGCUGUCCUGGAGACUAUCCCCUCACUCAAAAUGUCCUCCCACCUCUGUCCUCGCAGCCCACGAGGUCUCUCGGUAUGACCCGGAUGGACAGCAUAUCGGACUCAAGGCUGUAUGAUAGCAACCCAAUGAGACAGAGGCGACCUCCACUGUGCCGCGAGCAGCAUGCGAGCUGGGACCCUCUGCCUUGCGGUAAUGAGUCCUAUGGAUAUCAUUCAUAUCCGUUGAGUAACAGCCUGAUGCCGUGUUGCGAGCGGGUGAUGGUCCGCAGCAUGCCAGACAAAAUGGAACAAAUCUGGAACUCGCCAUGGGAAAUGCCCUCUGCAGCUGAACACCAAGAGCGGUAUGCCAUCCCGGACCACCAGUAUCAAACAUAUCGCAAUCUUUGUAACAUCUUUCCUGCUUAUGUUGUACACUCAGUUAUGGAGAAGAACCCUCAUUUGACAGAUCCACAACAGCUUGCCGCCGUCAUUGUCACAAAAUUGAGGUCAUGCCAUUAAGCAGGUAGUCUUAUUAAACAUUCAGAAGUGAUGUAAAAAGGGAAAUACAGUUUUGAAAUGCAAAGAUAGGCACUUGUUAAAUGUUGCUACAUGUGCAACAUCUGCCCUCAGGAGUUUUUAUUUUUCUUUUCAAAUGUCUCUGGUGGGAAAUCAGAUUGUACAUCACUUAAAUGACGUGGUAGUAAAUAGCAUAGAGGAGUUGGUUUGAUAAGUUUAUCUCAAAUUGUAAAAUGUGUCACAUUUGAAAACUUUUUAUAUAAGGUGGUGUGCACAACUUAUUAGACAUUUGGUUCAUAACACAUUCAUAUUACCUGAGCAGGAGCUGCAUAACAGCUUUGUACCAUAUCAACAAUGAACAAAGCCUUUGUUCAGCAUCAUUAUUCUAAAUCAUUUAAUAGUUUGCUAACACUUGGCAGGACUCUUAAAUGUCCCUUAGAUACAUUCUUGAAGUCUUGCCGAUGAUUUGAUAUAUUAAAUGAAAAUUGUUAAUGAAGCCCCAGGGUGUUCAGUAUUAAGAACACAAGUUAUACAAAAAGGGAGUCGAUUGUUAAAAAUAAACUGUCAAAUAUUUUGAUUAGCAAUUUUCACAGGAAAUGUUCGUUAUGUGGUAGACAUUUCUUAUAAAUUAAAUGUCCUUUUUAGGAAAUAAUUUUCUGAUAGAAGUUUUGACAUUCCUGUAAUGAAGUUUUUUGUCCUGUACAUUUUAAUUUGAUCUUCCAUUUCAUAAUGUCAAUUUAUAUUUAAACUGCUGUGGUGUUACUGCCUUCUGACCUUUCGGCCAAUCAAAUCCCUCUUAGAAGCUAGCAAAAUAUCAACUACUACCAUAUUUAGCCAGUUCCUCCAGCUCCUGUUAGCUAGAUUAUCAGCAACAAUGUCAGAUCCGUUCUGAAUCAAAUAUCUACCCGCUGCAUUAAGUGAAACGGGGCACACAGAAACUAACUCUUUGAUUUUGCGUAACAAAGCUUCACCUGCUGCCCACAUAGCUGGCUAACUAGUGUUGUUAAUUCAGACUUACUUCCGCUGCUUUUGCAAAGAGACACAACUUUGUGAAGAGCAUGUAGUCUAAAAGUCUUUCUCUCUGACAACCAAAGCCUACAGAAGCAAGCUAAUGCUGCUAACAUUGACUUUUUUCUCUGAGUUUGAAUACUAUCAAAGCUCAAAAGCCAGCCUAGCUUGUUAGCUGGGUAACAUUUGAAGACUAGUUGAGCUGAGCCUUAAUAACUAAAGAGCUUUAUUUACUGUGUCUAUGUGCUGUUUUUACUUGUUUAGCAGUCUAAAAUGUGAUAAAUUUGGCAUAUUUGUUGUGUGGCAGCAGGUGCUAACGGGCUAAGUUUGUUGAGCUUGAUAUCUUGAGAGAGUUGAGAUAACAUGUGUUGUGCAAAACGACUGCAUGGACUAAAAUGUAACUUUAAUAUGAAAUAAAACUUGACUUGAAAAACAGACUUAGGGUAAAUAUAAAAGGAAUACUUUAUUAUAUUUCAUAAUGACUGGUUUUAAUAUUUGGUUAUUUUUUCAGAUACUUAAUUGACAUAUUUCACAUUUCAUUAAUUCAGUCUUUUAUUAAAUUCAUAUUAAUUUAAUUUAAUUAAUCAUCAUAACCAUUGUAGCCAACUGGUGUACUUAACGUUGUCCUUAUGUCAAAGUGAACUAUUGAUGGCAACGCGUUAGAGAUGGAAAGUAAUAACUGAGAAACUUCUCCUAUUUGCCUUGACAUAAGAGGACGUUGACAUGUGUACACAAUGUAGCUUUUAUGAAGAUCUUGUUCAGGCCCUGUGAAUGUGUUAUGAAAGGCUUUUAAAGUGUUCUGGUGCAGUGGAACUAUAAAUAACCUUGCUUAGGUCUGCCUCUGCUGUAAAUAAUUCUUGUGACUUUUUUGUGCAUUGAUUCUGAAGUUAAGUAAGAGGGAGGUAGUUGCAUACCUCACAGCAUGAACUAUGACAUUUAAUGGCCUUAUAUCUGAAUGACCUCACGCUUUAGUCAUUGUCUGAUUGGUUUCAAUGAAAGUCUUAGUCAUUGAAGCCUCCUAGUUUCAAAUGUAAAGCACUAUCUCAGUAUCUGAAGAGAUAUAUUUUCUCAGCCUCACCUAACAAAGCUACUAUUUUGGUAGAAUUUGACAGUGCACAAAGCAAGCCAAAAGCGAGAUUUGACUUGUGUACAUGUGCACAUAUAUGUACAUAUUAUCACACAAAAGCCAUUAUUUCAAAGUCAUUUAUAAGCUGCUAAAUAAUGCCAAAAAAAGAUAGAAUUUAUAUAGUGUCAGUAUUCUACAUAAUGUUACAUUUUGGUUCACAGAAUUGAUUGGAUGACGGUAUAAACAAACAUCUGUGUUUGGAUAAUUUCCUACUGUGUGCUGUAUAGUAACCUUGAGAUUUAAUUGGAUUCUACAUCCAAGAUUUCUUAUUUCUAUAUUUGUCAAAUUUGUUGUGGUUAUUCUUUUCAAUGUUAAAAUAUUCAAAGUAUCUUUGUUUCAAACAGUAGCUCUAAUGGACUUCUUUAAGUUGUCAGUGGAGCAUGGGUUUUAAUGCAGGAGCAGGUUAAUUUUGUUUCAAAUACUACUUUUACAUGCACUUAAGCAGUCUGAUGAUUUCUGAUGCAUACUUGAGAAAUAAGAAGCCUUUAUCAAUUUUAAUAGUUAAAAGAAACCUGGUUAAUCAAGCAAGAUUACCGAUGGGAUUUGGCCAUCAUUAAACUUCUAUAAAUCAUUUUAUUUUGCGUAUACUAAUGUGCACAGGACAGGGAAAGUAAAGGUAAUAAACAGGAUUAGGUAAUAUUCCUAAUAGUGCAGAUGAAUCAUAUCAUUUAGAGUAUUUACAUCCAGAAUCCUGUCUAUGCCAGUUCAAUUUAUUUACAUAUUCUCAAUGUUAGCAAUUUAGUUUGAUAAUUUGCUUUGUCUGUUUGUCCCUACUUCCAAUUGAAAACAAGUAUCAGUAUCAUAGUUUUUUUCAUAGAAAUCCAACUAUUGCAGUGCAUUUAAAAAAGGUUCCCCAAUGUUAAUGCCUUAACCUGAUUCCUUCAGUGCAUGUAAAAAUAGUGAGACUUUGAGAAAAACUUUCACUGGGCUGUGAUGUGACUUACGCAGGGACAAGUCGUAGAAAUGUACUAUUAGUGAUGGAAACAGUGUUUACCAUCACAUUUGAAAUGUUUGCACAAGUAAUUCUUCAAUGACUGAAUCUUAAACUGGUUAAUGUUUGCCAGAUAAAAUGAUAAGAAUCUGGCAGUUCAAGUUAAAUAUUGGACUCGUGUUAUAUCGUGUAGAGUAUGAAGUUUCGAUAAUUGUUUAAAAAAAUGCUAGAAAGCAUGUUGAAGAUAAAGUUUAGUGUAUGGCUUAUUACGGGAGGCUGAAUUGCUGCAACCCAGACGUACCGCACGCAUAGAUGCAGCCAGUCUCCAAGGUACCUGGAAGGGUUCGGCUGUGCCUUGCAGCACAUUGCUCUCAGGAUGCUUUCCAGUUUCUAGUUUUCAGUCUCUCCCUGCCAAAAAUAAUACUGGUGACUGGCCUACUCUGAUCUAGUACUGAUAUAUUUUGUGAACAUUCUACAUGCAACAUGUAGAACCUUAAAAGCUAGUCAUGUACAGUUGGAACGUGGAGAUGGCAUUGCAAAACUUCGUACUUUUUGUGUAUAUCCUUGUUGUGCACCUUGACAUGUAGAGAAUUGGGCUAAUAGGAUGGCUUUACAUGAUGCAGAUUUAGUCAGAAGAAGUAAUGUUGGUGUCCGUAAUGGUGCCCAUUCAGCCAAAAAAUUGAACAGCAAUGGGUGCCGGACUUGCCCAUAUUUUAUUGUCAAACACGCUGUUUGUCUGGCAUUUGUUGAGCCAGGGAUCUUGAUGAAGACUUUACAUUUUAUCCAUCAGUGGGAGCAUAAGGCUUCAAAUUGUGGCAUUGUGUCAAUGGGUCAAACCUACCACUUUCAUUCACCAGAAAUAUGAAUUAAUGCCGAGCACAUUGAUGCUCCCAAGAGGAUAAACCCCUCUGAUGUUAGUUAUCUUUCCGUGUUUGUAACAUGUAAAGCCAGCCCUAUCAGCAAGAUCAUGCUUUGACUGCAUUUAAAGGGAAAUGCCACUUAAUUUUAGGAUUCAGGUAUGCUUCCUCAAGGCCUGCUAUUGGAUGGCAUGACUGAACAUCUCAAAUGUACUGUUUUAAUAGCUAAAUCAUUAAACCACAGGGAAGUGAUGCUGAGCUCAGAAACAGGAUGGGCUCCCAUUUGUAUUAAAAGGAGCAGUAUCAGACUAUGUUUCUAUGACAUCACAACCUGUAUAUUUCUCCUUUUUCAUUUAAGUAAUAUCUAUGCUUACGGAGAAAAAUUGCCUGAUAAUUUUGUAAAACUGAGUGGUAUUACUCUUUAACAGGCCUAACUAUGUAUGCCUGACUUUUUUUCAUUGGUGGUGCUUAAAAAAAAAAAUCUUUAUAAUGUUUAGGUACAACUGCGGUAUAUGAACAGACAUAAAGAAGAAAAAAAAUAAAUCUGAAUGUGUUUUGCCCAAAUGAGUCUGGGCUUUGCUGACUUUGUUUUUUCAUGAAAAGAGACGAGGCCACCUAAGGCCGGCUGUCUGUUCAUGAGAAGGUGAAACAAACUGCCUAAAUGUUUCUUCAUGUGAAACAAUCAGAUUGCAAGGCUGCUGUCAAGGUUGUUUCUGGCAUUUGGCUAAAAGUUUGCGUGCCGUCCCUUUCCUUCGAAAUAGUUGAAUGGUCAUCGACUUCUUUAAAAACUAGCAUCAGUGGUAAAAAACUGAUGUAUUAGUAGAACACUGUCCCUGAUGAAAGGAAAACACUCUUAAACAAAACAACAGGGCUGUUUUAACAACCUGACUUUAAUUUGGGAUUGGAAUAUGUUUCAUGUGAUAGUGAAGUCGUUCUUUAACUCGAAUACUGGAGAAGUCAAUUGCUCCAAUGACGCUUUGAUGUGUUUAGGAACUACAUUACAUUAAGCCACAGCACAAAUCUUAGAAAAAUGAAAACAGCCACGGUUCCUUAAACUGAUUUCUUCUCCUUGCUGUAAAAAAGGUAAAUCAUGGGGUUAAUUGAGUGAUGUUCACUGACAUUUACAGUAGUUUAUAGUGUAGUAAACUGUGUAUAUCUCCAGUAUACAUAUGAUUCCUUGGUUUUGAUUUACUGCCACUGACAAGAUGUCUAAUCAAUAUAAACUUGAAUAAAUCUUGUUGAAUUUGCCUUUAAACCUGAUAACAUAAGACCUGCUCACAUGAUUAAAUUAUAACAGCUGAUUUCUCUCAAGAUUGAGUGGUAAUAUAUCUAGCACUGUGCCACAGCCUGCACUACUCUGUCAUUAGAUUAAAUGUGGGGGCUUGAUAUGUAUUGGAGGAAUGUCAAAUUCAAAGCAUAGUGGCUGUAAGUCAUGCAUUAUAUUUAUACUUUAAAAUCACUGUUACUAUAUGCAUUAUUGUCCCUCCUCUUAACACACUUCAGAUUUCACUGGACAAUAGACUAUUUCCAGUUUAAAAAUAAACUCUUUCAAUGUACUCAAAUGACUUUCAAUCUACCAGUCAAGUAUUUCACUGCUUUGUUAAAAGGUUACACUUAAGGCCAGAAUGGUGUCCCCCACCCUCCCUUUGAAAGUGCCGCAAACAACUAAGCCACAAAUGUCUAGAAUUGACUUUUGCUUGUUGAUACAAAUUGUAUCUAUACCUUGAAUGUAACAAAAUAUGAUAUGUAUAAUAUGAAAAUAGUUUUAUUUAAUAAAGGGGGGGAGAAAACUCAAUGCCAUAAUGUUUGUGACACUGUGUGUCACUGGGAGUAGCCCAUUGGUAUGUACUGAUUCUUACUGGGUACAGUAGUUAACUUACAGGGACAUUGACGUGCCACAUACCAGUGCACAGAUGCCCUGUGUGCGGCAGUAAGCCUAAUGUCCUCACUGUACAUAGUCACACAUGUCUGUGUAUAUAUAGAAAGCGAUCUGUAAAAGUAACAGUUACUUCAGUUGUUUAAUGAGAUAAUUUCUGUUGUCUUGUAACCUGUGCACCCUGGUUAUGUGCAUCUAUUUCUUCUGAAUUGAAUUGAAAUGUACGCUGUACACUAUAUGAAUGGUAAUCUCAAUAUUUUUGAAUAUAUUUUGCCUAAUAAAACAUGCCAAAGUUAUAUUUUGGGUGGCUUUGUCAAAUAUAGUUUCUUGUGUUUCAACACAGGGGUUGUCAUGCAAUGACAUUUCAGAGACAACAUAUUUUGUUUACCAAACUAUGUUAAAAUUGCCAAAUUGAAAUCUGUGUCUGGCCUGGCGUUAAAAGCAUACUACAGAAAUUGUCAUAUACUAAACUCUGAUAGUUUUUUUGAUGACUAACUGUAUGUAGAAAAGCAGAGGUGUAUUGAAUUGUGAUUUGGUUUACUAUUGACUUAAAUUAUUUAACAAUCGUAAGUGUUGAUUCCAGAUGUUGAUGUAAUAUGAACUGGUCCCUUAAUGGCUAAGAUCAAGAGCAAAGUGAUUUUUGAUAUGCACACUGGCAAUUUCUCAAACACACACUCGCAAACUGUUUUGAUCAGAUAAUGUGGACCCCUUGACUUCUUGUUCCACUACCUAAUAUUUUAAAUUGUAUGGUGUACAGACAAGAAGACGUAAAUAUAUUGAAGAUGGCUCCGGCCGUGGCGCAACUGGCUGGGGCACCUGCACCGUAUGCAGGAGACCUGGGUUCGAUUCCCGACCCGUGGUCCUUUCCGGAUCCCACCCUGACUCUCUCUCCCGCUUUCCUGUCACUCUCCACUGUCCUAUCCGAUUAAAGGCAAAAAGCCCCCAAAAAAUAUCUUUAAAAAUAAAUAAAUAUAUAUAUAUUGAACAUGACUACAGUAUACAGCAUAAUACUCAGGUUCAGUCACAGAAACAUUUGAAAACACCUACUCUUUUGCUUUCUAAUAUUGAGAAAUGCAGCGGUCACAUGUCUCCAGUUGGAGUAGACGGAUGUGUCUGUAAUUUAGAAAAGGGAAAUAUAAAGCAAGUUGUUUGUGUUGUGAUCUGCAGUAUUGUAAUCCACUCUGACGGAUAGCAUUGCUUUUAUAGACCAAAAUAUAUAAAAAUAGAUAAUUUGGGUCUGUAGGCUCAAACAAAAUGUAAGUCUUAAUGACAAAAUGUGUUUCUCUCCAUAAAUAAAGGAAAACUUCAAUUCAAA